AUGGAGUACGCGGAUGGUGAUUAUGAAAUGGGGGAAGUUGAUGAGGAUAUGUAUUUUGCUGGUCGGAUGAUGGGAGACUCAGAGUCUGAUGAAGAAGAUGAGGAUGAAUAUGAAAAUUUGGACAACAAGAUAACCGAUACUUCUGCUGCCGAGGCAAGGAGAGGGAAAGAUAUUCAAGGAAUUCCAUGGGAGAGGCUAAGCAUUUCCCGGGAAAAAUAUAGGCAGACUAGACUAGAGCAGUAUAAGAAUUAUGAGAAUAUACCGCAAUCAGGAGAGGCUUCAGUGAAGGAAUGCAAACCAACAAGGAAAGGUGGGGCAUACUAUGAGUUCCGGCAGAACACGAGAUCCGUGAAAUCAACCAUCCUUCAUUUUCAAUUGAGGAACUUGGUUUGGUCUACGUCAAAGCAUGAUGUUUACCUCAUGUCACAUUAUGUAAUUAUGCAUUGGUCUUCAUUGACAUCCAAGAAGACUGAAGUUCUUAAUGUUUCUGGGCAUGUGGCUCCACGCGAGAAACAUCCUGGAAGUUUACUAGAAGGAUUUACUCAGACUCAAGUUAGUACUCUAGCUGUGCGUGACAAUUUGUUGAUUGCUGGGGGAUUCCAGGGGGAGCUUAUAUGCAAGGAUCUAGACCGGCCUGGGGUGAGCUUUUGUACUAGGACAACUUAUGAGGAUAAUGCAAUUACCAAUGCGAUUGAUAUCUAUAACAGUCCAAGUGGCGCUGUUCAUUUCACUGCCUCAAAUAAUGACUGCGGAGUUCGAGACUUCGACAUGGAGAGAUUUCAGCUUGUUAAGCACUUCUCUUAUCCUUGGCCCGUAAAUCACACCUCUUUGAGUCCAGAUGGUAAACUCAUAAUUAUUGUUGGAGACAAUCUUGAUGGGAUGCUUGUGGAUUCUCAAACUGGGAAGACUGUCAUGCCUCUACAUGGACACUUGGAUUUUUCUUUUGCUUCUGCAUGGCAUCCGGAUGGUAACCUAUUUGCCACAGGGAACCAAGAUAAGACUUGCCGUGUAUGGGAUGCUCGAAACUUGUCGAAGUCUAUCUCUGUACUCAAAGGAAAUCUGGGAGCCAUUAGAUCAAUCCGUUUUACAUCUGAUGGACAAUUCAUGGCGAUGGCUGAACCAGCCGAUUUUGUCCACGUCUAUGAUGUGAAGAAUGGUUAUGAGAAAGAACAGGAGAUUGAUUUUUUUGGUGAGAUCUCUGGAGUCUCUUUCAGUCCUGAUACAGAAUCCCUCUUCAUUGGGGUGUGGGAUCGCACUUAUGGUAGCCUUCUUCAGUACGACCGUUGCAGAAAUUAUUCGUAUUUAGAUUGUCUAAUAUAA